AUGAAGGGAUUGCACAUUAAGUUAUCCAUCUCUUUGAUGUUCAUUGUCCUCUGUUUGGGAAGCCUGCUGAUCACUGCCUUCUGGAUUGUGGACAACAGCAAUAUUGAAACUCAUGGACCACCUUCACCCAAGAAAAUCCCCCGAUGGCCCUCUGACCUCUGUGCAGGAUGCAGGGCGCUCAUCGAAAAAGUAAGAGGCGGCUACUCAAAACCUUGGAAGAAGCAAAAAGACAAUUCCCAAAAACUCAGCUCUCAGCUGAGAAGUGAGUGCCAUGGUUUUGACAGUGCCAUCAUUACCCAGGCCAACACUCCAGUGGGAUCAAAUAUUUUGUUCUCUCUAGAAGGGAAAAAGACCCUACGAGUGACCCCGGAGAUUUUCAGCACCUUUUCAAAGGAAAAUCUGUUUCAAAAUAAAAAAUGGGACAUGUGUGCUGUUGUUGGGAACUCAGGGAUUCUGAGCAACAGCAGCUGUGGAGAGAUGAUCGAUUCAGCUCAGUUUGUUAUCAGGUGCAACUUGCCUUCUUUGAGAAAAGGCUAUGAAAAAGAUGUUGGCAUGAAGACUGACGUUGUGACAGCAAACCCAUCCAUCAUAUGGAAAAAGUACGGGGAUCUAGAAGGGCGUCGGCGUCCAUUUGUUGAGAGCCUGCGUAUCUACGGCAAGUCCCGUCUGCUUCUUCCUGCCUUCACCUUUGCUCGUGACGUUCCUAGAAGCCUGCGAGCCGUAUACACUGCUGAGGACUUUGAAAGUCCUAUGUGGCCUGUUUUCUUAAACCCUGACUACAUAAGAAAUCUGACCCUCUUCUGGCGCUCCCGAGGCCAGCGCAAAGGUGCUCUCAGCACCGGCCUUAAGAUGGUUAGCCUAGCACUCGAACACUGUGCCAACGUGCAUCUGUACGGGUUCUGGCCCUUCAGUAUCCACCCAUUUGAACUCAAUGCCGUGAAUAACCACUACUUCGAUAACAACAAAGCUAGCUGGAUACUCCACGCCAUGCCAGAUGAGUUUUGACCUCUGGUUGCAGCUACACAUUCAAGGGGUGCUCAGGCUUCAUCUUGGAAAGUGUCAACCGGGUACCAAUUAGUUCCCUGAACCACAGACAACUGACACGGGAGCGGCAAAGUGUUGUGUUUGCAUUGUUGGAAACUUUGAAAACAUACAUUUGCAAGCAAUUUUUUGUUUUGUUUAGAUAUAGCAAAGCUACCCUUAACCUGCAGCUUUUUAGACAGUAUGAACUUGUCAGAGCAGAAUGAAAGGGGUUGAGUUACAGUAGUGAAUCAAUGUUGAAUUAAUUGACAAAAACUAAUAAUUACUUUGUUUUAUGGCAAAACAAGUUUGUUGCUUCAGGACUUAGCUACUCAAAACAUAGCAAAAAAAGGAAUGUCACUAUAUGAAUAUCACAGUUGCUGUCCAUAUAUCCAUUGUUGUUUUUAUACAUUUCUUACAAGAAGCCUUUUUCUAGUGCUUACAUCCUGAUUGAUGAGUCAACAAUAAAGCAGUUUGGUGGAUAUGUUCA